UGCAAAGACUCGUGAUCAAAGCCAACGGCUAUGAUUUAUUAUGCAGAUCAUCAUAAUAAUUAUGAUUUAUCACAUGAAACACCGAAUAAAUCCCGUAAAAAUAAAAUAAAAUUAAUGGGUGUAAAUUCGAAAUUCUCGUCUUAUUCUUCACCCUCUCUCUUGGGUUUCUCCUGACCAUUUUGCUCCUCUGAUCGGUGACUACACCGGGAUCGUGAUUUCCAGGAACUCCUAAAAUUUGGCGUUCCCUCUCAAUUCAGAUACCUUUUUAGCGGUUCAUCUGGGUGAAUUCAUCGAACAAGAAAAAUGCAGUUUUUUGGAGGGUCGGACAUCAGCCCAUUGCCUCCACCACCAACGGCAUCUGGAAACAAUGCCCACAUGAUGUAUGUGUUCAAUAAGAACGGGGUGUGCUUGCUUUACAGAGAAUGGAAUCGCUCCCUUAGGACUCUGAAUGCCCAACAAGACCACAAGCUCAUGUUUGGUCUGCUUUUCUCUCUUAAGUCCUUAACAGCUAAGAUGGAUCCCACUAGUGUGGAGAAGGGAAACCUUGGGGUACCUCAGUUAACUGGUCAGGGGUGUUCAUUUCAUAGCUUUCGUACUAAUACAUACAAACUAAGUUUCAUGGAAAGUCCAUCUGGGAUUAAGAUUAUCUUGGUCACUCAUCCUAGGACCGGUGAUCUACGGGAAUCCCUAAAGUACAUUUACAACUUGUAUGUUGAAUAUGUUGUCAAGAAUCCGCUCUAUUCUCCAGGAAUGCCAAUCAGGUCUGAGCUAUUCAAUAUGACUCUUGACCAAUAUGUCCGAGGUCUUGGGUAGUAUCACAAGGCCAGAGAAACCUUCAAAAUCAACAACCACCCUCCAUUGAUUGUAAUGGAACCAGGCACAGUAAGAACCCCUAGAGCAUGAAUCCAACCCAAAGUGAUGAUCAAGGAUUUCCCAAUUAGAAGCCAAGCCAACAUGACCAGAAUCAGACCAUUUUAGGAUUGGAGUCAGUAGCAAUAUCAGAUUCCGAUUCUGAUUCAGAUUCAGAUUCAUGGGUUCCUGCAUUUUAAUCAUAGGUAUUGUAACAGUUUCAAACUUGUGUUCUUACUUGAACUUUUGUCAGAAUCUCUACUACUCUCUCUUUUCGAACCUUUAAACUUCCACUUCUUCAUUGUCAAGCUC